AUGAAGCUCAACAUCUCGUACCCCAACAAUGGCACACAGAAGCUGAUCGAGAUUGAAGACGAGCGCAAGCUCCGGGUCUUCAUGGACCGCCGUAUGGGCCACGAGGUUCCCGGUGACAGUGUCGGCGAUGAGUUCAAGGGCUACAUCUUCAGGAUCACUGGCGGCAACGACAAGCAGGGCUUCCCGAUGAAGCAGGGUGUCAUGCACCCGACCCGUGUGCGCCUCCUUCUCUCCGACGGUCACUCCUGCUACCGCCCUCGCCGCACCGGCGAGCGCAAGAGGAAGAGUGUCCGUGGCUGCAUCGUCGGCAUGGACCUGUCCGUCCUCGCCCUCAGCAUCGUCAAGAAGGGCGAUGCUGACAUCCCCGGCGUCACCGACGUUGUCCACCCUAAGCGCCUUGGUCCCAAGCGUGCCACCAAGCUCCGCCGCUUUUUCGGUCUCAGCAAGGAUGAUGAUGUCCGUAAGUUCGUCAUCCGCCGCGAGGUCCAGCCCAAGAAGGAGGGCGCGAAGCCCUACACCAAGGCCCCCAAGAUCCAGCGCCUGGUCACUCCUCAGCGCCUUCAGCACAAGCGCCACCGCGUCGCACUCAAGCGCCGCCGCGCAGAGGCCUCUAAGGACGCUGCCAACGAGUACGCCCAGAUCCUCCACAAGCGCAUCACUGAGGCUAAGUCCGCCCACGAUGAGGCCAAGAAGAGGAGGGCUUCUUCCAUGAGGCACUAG